CGGGUCCGAGUCCGCCUUCCGGCCGUCUGUGGCGGGUACUCGGGGGCGUUCCGGGCGCCUUCGGGGAAGAAAAAGGGGCGUCCAGAAAGGCGAGGAGGUGGACGGAAGUUCCUUCGCAGAUGCAGGGCAGUACGAGGAAGGCGGGCGUCAUGACCGACGUCCACCGGCGGUUCCUGCAGCUGCUGAUGACCCACGGCGUGCUGGAGGAAUGGGACAUGGAGCGCCUGCAGAGGCACUGCUACAAGGUCCAUGACUGCAAUGCUCCCGUAGACAAGCUGGAGGACUUCAUCAACAACAUCAACAGUGUCCUGGAGUCCUUGUACAUCGAGAUCAAGAAGGGAGUCACAGAAGAUGACGGCAGACCCAUCUACGCGCUGGUGAACCUCGCCACCACUCCCAUUUCCAAAAUGGCCACGGAUUUUGCAGAGAAUGAACUGGAUCUGUUCAGAAAGGCGCUGGAGCUCAUCAUUGAUUCCGAGACGGGCUUUGCGUCUUCCACAAACAUCCUGAACCUGGUCGAUCAACUGAAGGGCAAGAAGAUGAGGAAGAAGGAAGCUGAGCAGGUGCUGCAGAAGUUUGUGCAGAACAAAUGGCUGAUCGAGAAGGAGGGGGAGUUCACGCUGCACAGCCGGGCCAUCCUGGAGAUGGAGCAGUACAUCCGGGAGACGUUCCCUGACUCCGUGAAGAGCUGCAACAUCUGCCACGGUCUCCUCAUCCAGGGUCAGAACUGCGAAACCUGUGGCAUCCGGAUGCACCUGCCGUGCGUGGCCAAGUAUUUCCAGUCGAACCCGGAGCCGCGCUGCCCCCACUGUAAUGACUACUGGCCCCAUGAGGUCCCAGACGUCUUUGACCCUGAGAAGGAGAGGGAGGCCGGCGUCUCCAAACCCACCAAGAAGUCCUCCCGGUCCCGACAGCAUUAGCCGCAGGCUCGCCGCCCCCGAGGCCUGGCCGCCACAGCCCUGUUGGGAAGAGAUGUCUGUGUUUCCCAUUUCACACAAACCACUUUCCUUGUUCUCUGUGUCCACUCUGAGCAGGUUUGGAAUAAAACUGUGUAAGGCGCUG